AUGAACAAUUUGUAUAAGCCGCCUCAUAAGCUUUCCGUCGAGAACCUUCGCGCAGGAUUGCGAGACAUGAACUUCUGGAAAGAGAUAUACCAUGUGAUGAUUCAGGAAGGACUCGAGUACUCAUAUUUGACGAACGGGUUGGCCUUGGUUCUGUUACGGGUCCCCUACGAUGAACCGGGCACGUUAUACUACCACCUGUGUGAGCCAGAUAUGGAGAUCGAUCCAAAUGACGACUGGAGCUUUGAGCGGCCAUUAACGGUCAUUGCACGGGUAUUGUGUCUCUGCUUGAUGAGUUUUGGUGCGCCGGUCCGCGACCAGGCGUGGCGAAAUCAGGCAUCGAAGAAGCUGCCGGUCUGGAAGACGAGUUUCGAUCAUAACCGCUCCCAAAUCCCGGAAAUAGAAUUACAGCAAAACCCACCGAGCUCAGAAUAUAGUCCCUCGGAGAGUUCUGGACGGACGGCGUCAGAGUACCUCCCAUCAUCCUCUCUGAUUGAAUCUCCUACGCAACGACGUCGAAUACCGACCCGGUCUCGAGCCCAGUGCACGCCGAAUACCAUGGAGCGUAAGGAUUCUCCGGACCCUGAUAUGGAACCCGGCCCUGGCGGGCGGAAGCGUGGCUUCAGCCAGGUUACAUCAUCUCCAUCGUCUCCAUCGGUGCAGCGCUCGGCCCGUCAGACCGAGGGUCAGCAGAAUGAACGUGGCCGAUACCAACACAACGCUCAAUUCUGUACCCAGCAAUGCCUGCUUGGCCUGCAGCGAGGAGGCACGCUGGAUGACUACUGCCCGAAAGCCGAGCUUCAUCGGCAGGGUGGGUCCAGCAAACAACACCUGAUCGACGCCAAGGGUCUGGUUCGGCAGAUUAAGCAGCAACUGGAUGAAAACCUCAACCGCAAUUGCACCCCGAUGGGAGGCUGUGGGACAUCGGGAGCGCCUUUCAAAAUCACGUGCACGGCGUAUGGGUAUACGGUCGUCGGUAAAGGAACUACGUCUUGCCGGUGGAACGAGGUCAAGCGAGAGGCGGAUAUUUAUCGUAUCCUUUGGCGAGCCCAAGGGCUAGCCGUACCGGUCUUUCUCGGCACAAUCGACCUGGCCAUGAUCUACUUCCUCGAAGGGGCUGGCCGGAUCCGCCAUAUGCUACUUAUGGUUUGGGGCGGUGAACCCAUCAACAAGUUGGAGGAUUUUGAGUCGAUCAGACAUGAAAUUUUACGAUCGCAGAAGAAGAUUCGCUCACUCGGGGUCUUGCACAAGGACCUUCGGCUGGAUAAUAUGUUGUAG